AGCCAUUUCUGAUCUGUUGUGACACUUCUCAGUUGGAGCAGAUCGAUCAACGGUUGAAGUAGAGAGAUGGCGGCAAUGGCGGCGCCGGUGGCGGGGAAGAAGGCGAGGAAGCCGUACACGAUCACGAGGCCGCGGGAGAGGUGGUCCGGCGAGGAGCACGACCGCUUUCUCCACGCCCUGAUGCUGUUCGGCCGUGACUGGAAGAGGAUCGAAGGGUUCGUCGCCACCAAGACGGCCAUCCAGAUACGCAGCCAUGCCCAGAAGCACUUCUUGAAGGCCCGCAAGUUCGGCCUCGCCGGCGGCCUCCCGCCGCCGCUUCACCCUCGCCGCGCCACGCCGCCGGCGUGCUAUGCCUACUCACCUGAAGAUUCUUUCCGGCCAUUGAUUCAAAGCAAUGAUGAUGAUUGCUCAUUCAUCGAGACGACUAACUGCAUCGGAUCAACUGAAUCAAGGUCAUCGGAUGAAGCAAUUCUGCUCCCAGUUUCUCCUGAUGAUCUGGGAUUCGCUCAGGUGUACAAGUUCGUCGGCGACGUGUUCGGCUCCGGCGAGCCGCGGCCGGUGGAGGCGCACCUGCGGAGGCUGCACGGCAUGGAUCCUGCCAUCUCGGAGACGAUUCUGCUGGUGCUCAGGAAUCUCGCAGCUAAUCUAUGUGCUUAAACAAGGCAUGGCUUACUGUCAGAACCAUAGAGUCAGAGUGGAAUGCGGCAUCAAGCAACAUUUUCCGUCAUUUUUUUUUUUGCUUUCAUGCAUUGCAUGAUUGCAUCAGAAGAUUAUAGCAUAGAUUGUACAUAUAGUGAUUUAGCCCUCUUUUGUCCUUUUUUUUUUGGCUUUCAUGCUUUGCAUGACUCCAUCAGAUGAUCACAUAAAUUGUACAUAAAGUGAUAUAUCGGUCUUGGAAGGGUGUAGAUUACUUUGUUUGAUUUUUUAAAAGUUAGUAGAAGGAACAAAUUUUGU